GUUAUAAGGGGCUUAAAAUCAGACCUCAAGACCAUUUGGAGAGGAAUUUUCCUGAGGAUAGACGCUCGACUCAUCGCUCUGCAGAUUUCCCUUCUCCUGCGAGACUCAGCCUGGCGAGCACGAUUGCUUGGCGACUGGUUGGCGACUUUGCUUCGGGAGAGUUCGUGGCGAUCUCUUCAGACGGGUUACAGGGUCAUCGAUACACCGUGCAUCAACAAAUUUCCCUUCUCCUGCGAGACCCAGCCUGGCGAGCACGAUUGCUUGGCGACUGGUUGGCGACUUUGCUUCGGGAGAGUUCGUGGCGAUCUCUUUAGACAGGUUACAGGGUCAUCGAUACACCGUGCAUCAACAAAUUUCCCUUCUCCUGCGAGACUCAGCCUGGCGAGCACGAUUGCUUGGCGACUGGUUGGCGACUUUGCUUCGGGAGAGUUCGUGGCGAUCUCUUUAGACGGGUUACAGGGUCAUCGAUACACCGUGCAUCAACAAAUUUCCCUUCUCCUGCGAGACUCAGCCUGGCGAGCACGAUUGCUUGGCGACUGGUUGGCGACUUUGCUUCGGGAGAGUUCGUGGCGAUCUCUUCAGACGGGUUACAGGGUCAUCGAUACACCGUGCAUCAACAAAAUCAGUCACAUGGAGCAGAUGAACUCUCCACAGUGCCACGCACACACGGGCGAGAAGCCGUUCAAUUGCUCUGUGUGUGGGAAGGCAUUUGCACAGAAAUCAAAUCUUAACACUCACAAGAAAACACACACGGGCGAGAAGCCAUUCAAGUGCUCUGUGUGUGGGAAGGCAUUUGCACAGAAAUAAAAUCUUAACACUCACAAGAAAACACACACGGGCGAGAAGCCACUCAAGUGCUCUGUGUGUGGGAAGGAAUUUUCACAGAAAUCAAAUCUUAACAGAAACCAGAAAACACACUCUGUUGAGAAGCCAUUCAAUUCCCACACGGGCGAGAAGCCAUUCAAGUGCUCUGUGUGUGGGAAGGCAUUUGCACAGAAAUCAAAUCUUAACACUCACAAGAAAAUACACACGGGCGAGAAGCCAUUCAAGUGCUCUGUGUGUGGGAAGGCAUUUGCACAGAAAUCAAAUCUUAACACUCACAAGAAAAUACACACGGGCGAGAAGCCAUUCAAGUGCUCUGUGUGUGGGAAGGCAUUUGCACAGAAAUCAAAUCUUAACAGACACCAGUGCCACACACACACGGGCGAGAAGCCAUUCAAUUGCUCUGUGUGUGGGAAGGCAUUUGCAUGGAAAUCAAAUCUUAACACUCACAAGAAAACACACUCGGGCGAGAAGCCAUUCAAGUGCUCUGUGUGUGGGAAGGCAUUUGCAUAGAAAUCAAAUCUUAACACUCACAAGAAAACACACACGGGCGAGAAACCAUUCAAUUGUUCUGUGUGUGGGAAGGCAUUUGCACGGAAAACAACUCUUAACAGACACCAGAAAACACACACGGGCGAGAAGCCAUUCAAUUGUUCUCCGUUAGAGAGGACACGGUCAUCACCCCGAAACAAGCAUGCGAAGACACACACGGGCGAGAAGCCGUUCAAUUGCUCUGUGUGUGGGAAGGCAUUUUCACGGAAAUCAACUCUUAGCAGACACCAGAAAACACACACAGGCAAGAAGCCGUUCAAUUGCUCUGUGUGUGGGAAGGAAUUUUCACAGAAAUCACAUCUUCAGAGUCACCAGAAAACUCACACAGGCGAGAAGCCGUUCAAUUGCUCUGUGUGUGGGAAGGCAUUUGCACAGAAAUCACAUCUUCACAGUCACCAGAAAACACACACGGGCGAGAAGCCAUUCAAGUGCUCCUUGUGUGGGAAGAAAUUUUCACGGAAAACAAUUCUUAACAGACACCAGAAAACACACACGGGUGAGAAGCCAUUCAAUUGUUCUGUGUGUGGGAAGGCAUUUGCACGGAAAACAACUCUUAACAGACACCAGUGCCACGCACACACGGGCGAGAAGCCGUUCAAUUGCUCUGUGUGUGGGAAGGCAUUUGCAUGGAAAUCAAAUCUUAACACUCACAAGAAAACACACUCGGGUGAGAAGCCGUUCAAUUGCUCUGUGUGUGGGAAGGCAUUUGCAUGGAAAUCAAAUCUUAACACUCACAAGAAAACACACACGGGUGAGAAGCCGUUCAAGUGCUCUGUUUGUGGGAAGGCAUUUGCACGGAAAACAAUUCUUAACAGACACCAGAAAACACACACGGGCGAGAAGCCAUUCAAUUGUUCUCCGUUAGAGAGGACACGGUCAUCACCCCGAAACAAGCAUGCGAAGAUCCGCAAUGAGAGUGAAGUGAAAUCAAAAGGUGAAAUGCAAAGUGCUGCAGUGAGUCCUGAACAAAAUGAAUCUGUCGACCCUAUUCAGGUGAAUCCUGAGAGAUGCCUGGAUGUAGUGGAUGUAAUGACUCCUGGCAACAAUUCCUCUUUCGACCUCAUGCAGUUGGAUCCUGAGAGAUUGCUGGAUGUGAUGAGCCCUGACCACAAUUCCUCUUUCGACCCUAUGCAGGUGGAUGCUGAGAAAUGGCUGCUGGAGUGGCUGGAGGGUCAAAGUGUUGAGUACUUCUGUUAA